UGUUGGGGGGCGGAGGUAGGAAGGCUUCUGCGCGGAGCUCCUUCUGCAGAAGGCGACGGGGAUUUGGCGCGGCGGGGCGGUGGCUGUGCGCACCCGAGAGAGAGCAUGAUGGCAGUGGCUGAGGCGCACCGGGUGCUCGUGUAUGGCGGCCGAGGGGCCCUGGGCUCCAAAUGCGUGCAGUGCUUCAGAGCUAAAAACUGGUGGGUGGCCAGCAUUGACUUAGCAGAAAAUGAAGAAGCAAAUGCCAGCAUUAUUGUGAAGAUGAGUGACUCCUUUAUUGAACAAGCAGAUCAGGUAACAGAAGAUGUUGAAAAACUCUUGGGUGAGAAAAAGGUUGAUGCUAUCCUUUGUGUAGCUGGUGGAUGGGCUGGAGGUAAUGCAAAAGCAAAAUCUUUAUACAAAAACAGUGACCUGAUGUGGAAGCAAAGUGUUUGGACAUCAACGAUUUCUAGCCAUUUGGCCACCAAGUACCUGAAGGAAGGAGGCUUAUUGACCCUAACAGGGGCGAAAGCAGCAUUAGGUGGAACACCAGGAAUGAUUGGUUAUGGCAUGGCUAAAGCAGCCAUCCACCAGCUUUGUCAGAGCCUCUCUGGUUCAAGCAGUGGUUUGCCACGUGGGUCUGCUGCAGUUGCUCUCCUCCCGGUUACCUUGGAUACACCUAUGAACAGGAAAUCCAUGCCUGAUGCAGACUUUAGCUCAUGGACACCAUUAGAUUUGAUUGCUGAAACGUUUUAUGACUGGGUUACUGGAAAAGACCGCCCAAGUUCUGGAAGUCUGAUCCAGGUGGUUACAAUCGGAGGGAAGACUGAACUUACACCUGCCCAUCUCUGAGCUGGGAGGGAUAGUUUGUGUACACAGUGGUGAAGUCCAUGAGAUAUGAAGUGUGUGAUUUUGUGGUCAUAUUUUGUUUGUUCCAAUUAGAGGAUCUUAUUCGUGGAAGAAGACCUGAAAUUUUGUUUGUGUUGCUAGAUGUAAGCCUCCUGUGCUUAAUUACCAAAAGGAAAAAAGGAAAAAAGAAAAAGAAAAAAAGGGGAGGGGAGGGGAGAGACAGAAGGUGUCUUGUUCUAAAUCAGGCUGGAGAGUUUCAAGAUUCACUAUUGGCCUAACAUUUUGUUGCCUUAAAAGAAGCAAGCAGUGAUACUGCUUGGUAAAGCAGAGUUCAGUUGUAUAAUAUGCGUAUGUAUACCUAUUGCAGAAUGCUUGCUGUCCUGAAGUUUUUCUGUAUUUCCAUGAGUUGUCCACCUGGAUGACAUUUAGGAUGACUUUUUGUCAGAUAUGGCUGUGAAUUCUUGUUACAUCAACCUUGACCAAAGAUGGAAUCCUGCAACCCUCCCUUCUGAAUGUUCUUUACUGUCUCAGUGAGUUCCAUGGAAACAACUACAGUGGCUUUCUUGAACUGUACCACUUGUGAUUAUGUAUAUGCUUUGAGAAGAAUGUUGGUUCUUUUUUUGAAAAGAUGUACAAAACAUGUGGGAAGCACGUGGACAUGUGUUUGCAAAGGGUUUUUUUACUUGAGACUAUUCUCAAAGAUUCAAACACUUCAGGCUAAAUCCAGUUGUUAGUCCCAAAUAGGUUUUAGUCUACUGAAUGAAUGGGUCUUGUUAAAUGACCUAAAGGAUCUGCAAGGAUUGGCUGAGAAGAAGCAAAAGCAAUAAAUAUAGGAAAUCAGACUAGGAGAGGGUAGUUACUUAGAAAGUCACAUUUAUGUACAUAGUCCUGACAUUGCUUUCGAAAAUUUUCUUCCAAAAGGUCUUUUUUGCUUGUAGAUUAGUGGCCAAAUUUCAUAUACUUUUCUUGUUUGAUCCUGUUUGAUAGAAGUCCUAGUGAAUUAAUUGGGUCUGCUCUGGAUAGGGAUAACAGCUGGAUUUAGAUCUUUCUCCCUUACUCUCAACUGUACGUGGAAAUGGGUCCUUUGUGGCAUCUAUAUAAAUGUGCGAAGAAAUAGAUGUUUGUGAAAAUCAGGGUUGGGAAAAAGCCACUGAUUUGCCUUAAAGCUAUGGAACUCUUGUCAGGAAAGUCUACACAUCCUCUAUCUGCUAGGUAACCAUGACAACAAAGAAGAUUUAUAGAUGACAAAGAUGUUGACAAUUGAAACCUUAUUCUAUAACGAAAAGAGUGAAACCAGAUGUUUAUUAUGCUUUCUGAAUGUUUCAUGUGCUAGUAUACCCUGCCAUUGGAGGCGGGGGAUAAUAAAGCAGUAUCAUUAUCAGUG